CUCAUUACUAUUUUCAGUACCAAGAGCAAGGUGUGGUGGAUUGGUAAGCUCUCUAUUGGUUGUUUAAUUUUGUCAAAUAACAAUAUCUUAUAUUAAAUAAAUGCUACACUUGUUAGACUCUUUCUAAAGAGAUGCAUUCCUAAGGAAAUGGGGUUUUAAGCGAUUAUCAUGGUCCUCCCAUUUCCUGGGAAAAUCGGGUUUUAAGCGAUCCUCAGAUCCCCCCCCCCCUUUUCCUGUCAACCAGGUUGUGUUUCUAAGGAGAUGUAUACCUCUCCUAAGAGUAUAACAAGAGUACCUUCUGGUUCGAAUUGUACUAAAUUUCCGAAUUAUGACUAACGUAAUAAUUGAUUGUAAUUACCUUAGCUGUUGCAUACCAAGCGAAAAAAUUCCAGGAGAAGUUGCAGAAGAUGCGCGAGUUAUGUCCGGAAGGGGCACAAUGGCUGGAUGGACACGACCUAUCCAUGUGGACAUUUCAUAAAGACGGAGGUAUAAGAUGGGGGUAUUGCCACAACGAACUCAAGUGAGAGUAUCAAUUCUUCCUAUAAGGGUGUUCAGGCGCUGCCAAUCUCUGCCAUUGUGGAGAUGACUUUCUGGAAAAUGAAUGUAUGGUUUGUCAAUCGACUACACUGGGCAAGGACGAACGAGGCACAGGGAAAGGUCCAUGCCAAUAAAUUCACAGAAAUACUGGAGCAUGACAAUCGCAAGAGUAGUCGACACAGUGUAACCGUUAUGAAUCGGGCAUCUGGCGAGUUUAGCGUGACGACCGGACACCGUGAGGAUGGUAGAUGCGGGGGCCAUCGCCAUGAAGUUUCGGUAAAUUUCAGGACAAAACUUGGUAAGUGCUCAUACCAGAAGUAUCAGGGGAGAGGGUGGCCAUGUUCUCAUGCAAUGGCUGUAAUUAAAAACAGGAGCAAAGACCCCCGUCACUUCGUCAGUACAUUCUUCAAUAUCGAAUCACUCAAAAAUUGCUAUGAACGGAGUUUCCGUGCAUUGCCUGAUGAAGCUUAUUGGCCGGUGUACUCAGGAAAGUUGAUCAUCCCGCCGUUCGGACAACGACGUGAACCGGGUCGACCGAGGAAAAAGAGAAUACAUAACGAAAUGGAUCAAAGUGGAAGACCACCACGAGGCCCAAGACGAUGUUCAGUCUGCAGAGUUCCAGGGCAUGAUAAACGAAGUUGUCCAGGUCCGAUUGGUCCACAAAAUCCGGGUCCUGAUGUGGGGGACUCAGCUAAUGCGACAUAGUUUGCAUUUAUCAUUUGUUGGUACUUGUUAUGUAUGUUUUCACUUAUUUUCGGAGUUAGAGCUAUGAUGCUUGGAACUUGCGUGUUUGGAAAAUAACCCUCAAUUAACACUCAAGACUUAAGUUGAAAUAACACUCAAGUCAAGUACAUAAAACUAAAAUAAAAACUAAAACAACACUCAAUUAAAUAAACUAAAAUAGGACGAAGGGUUUCAAGUACAUAUAAUUAAAACAUAACUAAAAACAACACUUAAAAUGAUAAACUAAAAAUACAUCUCAAGGAAGUCCCUGGGACUCAUGGGGCUGCAAGGUUUUUUUGCUCCUUGUACGAUGGCCGACGGGAGUAACAAUCGGUGGUUGCCGUGGCAAGCUUCAAUGGGCCAUGUUAGGGCACUCGUCAGUGCUGUGUCGGCGUCGAUCCGUGGUAGGCGGCGCUUCCGGGGUCGAGCGGGGGACAUCCACGCUCAUACGGUGAUGGAUAGGAGGCCACGACUGAUGAGGGCGAGGAAUAGGAUUGAAGUUGUGAUGUGCAGUCGUGGAGGAACCAUCAUGCCAAGUACCCAAGGAUGUGGGGCGUUUGUUGUAGAAGUUGGGGCGGGGAUCUAGGGGGUAGAUCGGCCGAGGAUCAUAGUAUGGUGGGCGGGGAUCGUGGUAUGAGAUCGGGCGGGGAUCAUAUGGGGAUCAUCAUGGGAGAGGCUCGGGCGAGGAUCUUAAUGUGAGCUCAGACCGCCACCGUGUGCCACAACCAAGGGUGGUGGCACUCUCCACCCCUCCAACGACCUUAUCUCGGGCACAUGAGGUCUUUCCCGAACCUUCUUGCUUUUCUUUCUCUCGUAUGGUGGUGGGGGAUGGGGGACAUCAACUUGUACCGGAGGUGGCACCAGUGAGGGCAUGGGCAGGUAUCUACGAUGAUCAUGACCCUACAGCCAAGCAAACUGUUUGUCAUCCUCCUGAUGAAGUCCACAUCUUCACUGCCCAUUUCAAGUUUCCUGACUCACUCCUACUGUCACUCUAGGAAUUGGCCAAGUGUAACUACUUCCUAAAGUGGUAUAGCGGGUUUGGGUUUUAAUGUCAACCCGGGUCCUAGAUUUGAUGACUACUCGGUGAAUUCUUGUUAUCUAGCAAUGAAACUUUAGUGCAGGU